CGUGAUCCACCACUGCAGUCUGAGGUCGUCUUCGUCAUAUCGACUACCGCCUUGCCUUGCCACUACUGAUCUGUGAGGACACCAGUAACUGCAGUGCCUGGCAAAAUGCAGUCUUCAGUUACAAUCCGGUGAUUGUUCACGCUUUGCAAUUUUUUUCUUCCUUCAUUAACCAUGCUCCAAUUUGAUAUUCCUCAACAAACCUCUCUCCGGCUGGAACAGCGUUAAAGAGCCUAUCGUCUCCCCCCGCCACCCUUUCGAUCUUACCGCUUCCGACAACGAUACCAACACCAACCUCGACCUUCCCUUUUGCUCACAAUGGACGACGCAAUAGCCACCGUGGUCACUGUCACCGGGACCACCCCGGAACUGGCUGCACAGUAUGUGCAGUUAGCUGAUGGCGAUCCCAAUCAGGCGGUUCAGCUAUUUUUCGAGAACGGCGGCGCGGAUCUCGCUGGUUCCUCUUCAUCACAUCUCCCGACUCAGACUCCUUCCCACGCGACAGGCGGGCGAGCAGAUCCUAUAGAUCUAGACGAAGACGACGAUGAAGAUCACAUAUCAGACGACAAUGACCCGGAAAUCACUGGCUACCGGAGAAAUCGACGAACGAAUCCUCCAUCUCAUGCUGCUGGUCCAUCACAUGUUGAAGACGAUGAGGCUUUGGCAAGACGAUUGCAAGAGGAGAUGUAUGGUGACAGUGGCACAGAGGAACAGAUUCGUGCGCCGAUCGCCAGGCAAGCAGAGACAUUGGUCGGACCAGGAGCAGACAGUCUGCCCUUAACUGGUGCGGCUUACAACGCGGCCGUUGAAGCUAGGAUGCGUGCCUUUGAGCGAAGGAGGAAUCAAACACCGGCCGGGAUCUUCAAUCAACAAGUACCUCCAUCGAGCAUUUGGGAUCGCGAUCUGAACAAUGGAGACGCCGAUCGCAGUACACUUGCAGAGUCGACUGGCGGGGCCUCCGAGGCGUCUUCAAGAGCGACUCGACUUGCACGACUGUUCCAGCCACCAUGGGAUUUGAUGUACAAGGGCGGAUGGGAAGCUGCUCGAGAGGAAGGAAAGGAACAGAAGAAGUGGAUACUAGUCGACAUCCAAGAGCCGUCGAUUUUCGACUGUCAGGCUCUGAACCGGGAUCUGUGGAAAAAUGAAGGAAUCGUGGACACGGUUAAAGAGAACUUCAUCUUUUUCCAGUACACCAAGCACGAUCCAAGGGCGGCACAAUACAUUCAAUACUACUUCCCUACCUACGACAAUCCGAAUGACUACCCUCACGUCGCAAUCGUCGAUCCCCGAACGGGCGAGCAGAUCAAGUUGUGGUCACGAAAGGUGCCUUCAGCGCCGGAAUUUCUGAUGCAGCUGCAUGAAUUUUUGGACCGGUACAGUCUUGACAACAAUGCACGGAACCCUGUGGCCAAACGCAAAUCAGAAGCAAAGAAAGAGAAACCUGUGGACCAGUUGACAGAAGAAGAAAUGCUUGAACGGGCAUUACAGGCCAGCCUGGCUUCACAAACCCAGGAGGCGAAAUCACCUCUGCCGCCAGUUGAGGAUCCAGAUGAGCUCACCAGGAGUGUUGGCGACUUACAAUCAGCAGAACAGCCAUCGAUUGCAGAGACCAUGGAUAUGGACAUGGAUCAAGACGGCCAAGCGACGGCUGAAGCCAGCGCAUUCUCACAGAUUCCGUCCGAUCGUCCUCAUGCAGAACCUGCAGCUGGACCAGGAGUCACGAGGGUUCAGAUCCGGCACCCAGGCGGUCGAAUCGUUCGACGCUUUGCCGAAGACGAUCCUGUGCAGCGCAUCUAUGAAUACUUGAAGGCCGAGCCGAUUGAGGGCAAGACUGGGGUUCCCUUUGAACUGGUUUCCAUGGGCAAAAACCUUAUCGACUCGCGAGAGCAAACGAUUGCGGAAGCUGGCCUGAAGAAUGGGACGGUCAUGGUCGAGUUCACCGAGGGAUAGAACUUGUUGUCGCGGGUUUACAUGAUGGCGUGAUGAAUCGCCUGGCGUUUCAGAUCCGCGCUCUAGAUAUGCCGCUUGGUCAGAUAGCCGUUGUGCCGGACUCAAGCCAGCCACAGCACGCAGGUGCUGGGAGGAUAAUGUGAAACGAUUACCAGCUGAGCCUGGACUUGAUAACCCGGAAUAAAUGCAUUUUCCACAUAA